AUGGAGUCUCGAAUUGAAUGCAUAUCAUCCACUGAAGGGAUUGAUGAGGAUCAGGCUCUAGUGUCCAUGAGCUUCUUGAAUGCCCUGUUUGUACCAAUUCUAUGUACCCUCCUAUCCACCAGUGCCAUAAUGGUCACACUCUCUGUUCCACCUGUAAAGCCUUACAAUUGCCCAUAUGCUGGCUCGGAGUGCUCAGUAGUCGGGGAUAUACCAUACCUGGUCUCCCAUUUGAGAGAUGAUCACAAGGUAGAUAUGCACUCCGGUUGCACAUUCAAUCACCGCUAUGUUAAAUCAAAUCCUCAAGAUGUGGAUAACGCUACGUGGAUGCUGACUGUUUUCCAUUGUUUUGGCCAGUAUUUCUGUCUUCAUUUUGAAGCUUUUCAACUUGGUACUGCUCCUGUUUAUAUGGCAUUUCUUCGAUUCAUGGGAGACGAAGUGGAGGCUCGAAACUACAGUUAUAGCUUGGAGGUUGGGGGGAAUGGCCGGAAACUUAUCUGGGAAGGCACCCCACGGAGCAUUCGGGAUAGUCACAGAAAAGUUCGGGACAGCCAUGACGGUCUCAUUGUACAGCGUAAUAUGGCACUUUUUUUCUCGGGAGGAGAUAGGAAAGAGCUUAAGCUUCGUGUAACAGGACGAAUAUGGAAGGAACAGCAGAAUCCAGAUGGAGUGUGCAUACCAAAUCUAUGCAGUUAA